GUAGAAAUGAAGACAGUAGAACCACACAAAAUUAUCACCAGCAGCGCCACUCGCGCCGACGAACUGUGGCGGGGCAGCAAUUGUCGUUGUUUCACUACGCCGUCGUCGUUUACGUCGGAGAGGACACGAAAGUGCAGAAAAACGCUUUUUGCUCGGAAUUGAGGAAACCCGGCUUCUUCGACUUCUGGAUUGAUUACAUCAUGAAAAGAUGCGUUUUGAUAGAAGUUUGCUUCUGCUUUCUCCUUGCGAUCUACGCGUUUUGCUGCGAGGAAGUGAACCCCUUCUGGAACACAACGGACCUGCCGGUGAAAAAUAGGCAGUAUAACUGGAUCCAAAGAAUCUACCGACCGGUUGUUGACGAGCUGAUCCGGAUAUGCAUUGCAAAUAUGUCUGGGUGGUCUGGAAGACUGCAACUUGUGAUGCUGCAUUUGGAUUCCAAAAAAAUUUGUAUUGCAUGAGCAGCAAAAGGAGUCUUAUUUUUGCUACGCGGAAAGGGCAUUUGUCAUGCGAAAUAGGCAUCAAGAACCCCUCGAAAAAUCUGUGAUGCUACGGCAUGCAUCACAGACAUCAUGGCUCAUGCAAAACGUGCGUGACAAGUCUCAGAAUCUUCCAGACCCAGACAUUUUUGCAUUUGAUGCCGGAUUCUCCAGUCGCACGAGAGCAACGGUUUUGUCAAAUUUCUCCAAGUGGUGCUGCUCACUAUUGUGCCAAAGUCCUUGACCUGGAUCACGCUCUGUAAUAAUUUCGUCCCGAUCUCGCUCGUCGUGCAACUGCAGCUCAACAGGCUGUUCCAAGUGCUCUUUCUGGUGAAGGAUGACGAGUUCUUGAAGCUGUAUGAAGGUGACUCUGUAGUAGAAAAGCCGAGGGCUGCCGUUGAGAACUACCCGAAAAGCCCCAGUACACCAUCACCAGCUUAUUUGCUGCCAACAGCCGAUGGGGAUGAAGACCAAAUUCCUGUCGCGCUGCAGAUUGAACCAUCCGUGGAUCAGACACGGGAAAGCGAAGCGGGUGUUCUAUCAAAUGUAAAAAUGUCUGGGUCUGGAAGGAUACAACUUGUGAUGCUAAUUUUGGAAUCUACAUAAAAACUGUAUUGCAUGAACAGCAAAAGAGGUGUAAUUUGUGCUAGGCGGAGAGGGCAUUUCUCAUGCGGUAUGAGCAUCAGAAAGCCCUCGCAAAAUCUUCAUGACAAACUCCUGCAUUCUUCCAGACCCAGACAUUUUGCAAUCCAUAUGCUCUUGCAGUCAGAGGACCACCUGAAGAACAACAACCUUUGCUGCGAAGUUUUCCUUUUGACGAUCCAGAUUUAAAUCGGACUUCCCCGGCGUCUUCUACUGCGUCCCCAAGCUCCAGUAGCUCAGGAAUGACAGUCACUACAGGCUCAAAUUCGGUGACAGGAGAAGUAGAAAUAGGUGAUAUUUCCUCAACAUCCCUCCGCGGCUUCGAACGUCCGCAAGUGAACCGUUCGAAUUUACUGGAAGAAUUGGGGCACAUCACGCACAUUGUCACGGAUAAAACGGGAACUUUGACAAAGAACGAAAUGUCGUUCCACUCGAGUUUUGGAUUCGAGAGGGGAACAGAAGUGAGGAGUGGCGAGGAGUGCACUUUUGCGAUGUUAACUGACACUGACCCACCGGUGGAUGAUCCUGCGUCUCCCGAGAGCAGCAGCAGCAGCGAUUCUUCCUCCCUUUUCGCGACACUCUUGCCAAGCUAUGCAAAAAACGCCAAUAGCUUUUCCGGAGAUCCCGCAUCAGAGGAAAAACUCUCCAUGUUCCUCGCCAUGGCUUUGUGUCACACGUGUGAACGAGAUUUGGAAACUGGGAAUUUGUCGUCCGCCAGCCCAGAGGAGAUUGCUUUGGUGGAAGCAGCGGAGAAUUGUGUGGGGAUAGAAUUUCUCGCCGUGAGGGACACUGAUAUUUGUGCCGCUAGUUGUACAACUUCCACGUCGUCGUCAAGCUCUUCUUUACCUUCCUGUUUCACGUACGACGUACGCAUACCGUUUAUUCAGCCGGGCGUGUCUGGGUCUGACGAUCAUGGUGUUGAGCAUGACAACCUCGCGCCAGUCAUCUCCUUCGAAAUCGCAAAGGUUUUAGAGUUCAACUCCGACAGAAGACGAAUGAGCAUCGUCGUGAAAAUUCCAGAGACGCUGCCAAUACCGAAAAAGCCACCAGAUAGGGCGGAGUCUCCAGUUGUGAUUCUGAAUGAUGAUACAAAUGCAGCGGGCAGCGCCGACUCUGUAAUGCCAGACAGGCAUGCGAGAGCAAAUGAAGAGCUACCCGCGCAAAACAAGUACCCCGCGGACUAUGUCCUUAUCUGCAAGGGCGCUGACUCAGUUCUGAUUGACGACCUCUCACUUACCUCCCGGAACGCAGAUAAACAACGAGGACCUUGCGAGAAAACACAAAAUUUGAAAAGGAAAAUUAAAGAGUUGAGCGAAACGGGGCUCCGGACGUUGGUUUUUGGCUGGAAAAAGUUAGACGCGAAAGAAGUUGCCAGCCUGUUCUCCACGACAGGUUGUGAAGGCGAUGAUGCUACUGGCAGCACGACAGUAGAUGCAGACCUGACAGCCACGACUACAGCGAGUUACACUUCUUGUUCAUCUUCGUCGGCCUCUUCCCAGGCCAGAAGGGUCGAGUCUGCAGCACGAAAAUCAUCUUCAAAAACAACCGACGAUCUGGAAAAAGAUCUCCAUCUCCUCUCCGCUGUCGCAAUUGAGGACGCGUUGGCGAACCACGUCGCGGAAACCGUCGACGUGAUAAAGAAAGCGGAAAAAAUCAAGCUCUGGGUCUGCACCGGGGACAAACCGGAGACUGCCGUUGCGGUGGCAAAGAGCUGCCAUAUUGUGGAUGAGAGUAUGGAGGUGUGGAACUUAAACGAUGAAUCCUCGCUGGAACUCCCUAACUCCGUUGAUUGUUACGCUUCCUCUUUUUCAACGUAUGCCGCGGUUGUGACGGGGGAUAAGUUUUGUCAGAUUAUAGCCGGCGACAGCGACUCUAUUUCUUUCUCUUCGGGUGAGAGUGAGAUAAGAAAAAAAGCGGCACUGUUAUCACCUGCACCACCACCAGCAGUGGGGAAGAAACUACAUGUAGCGCAAGCGGAAGUAGAACUCCUUCGUUCGGAAAAGAACGUAGAACCAGCUGCACAUCGCAAGAUCAACCAAGACCUGCAAAACUUCCUCCUAAACGCCACCGCCGUGAUCAUCUCAAGAGUUUCGCCGAAGCAAAAACGGGAAGUGGUUCGAUUCUUGCAAGGCCGAAAUAUCAAGGGGAAGAAGGGGAAAACGAAGCUGAAGAACACCGUUUUAGCAAUCGGCGACGGGGCAAAUGACGCCGGGAUGAUAAAGGAAGCCACGGUUGGCAUCGGGUUGUACGACUGUGCCCUGAUGAAGAGCUUUGUUCAGGAGCAGGAAGAUUCUUGUGCAGCUGCUGAUGAUGCAAAUUAUCUCAGUAACGCAACGGGAACUACGACAGCCACAAGUACCCGGCCCAAAAAGAACCCGGCGUUACAAACAGCUGCCGUCCGACAAGCGGAUUUCGCCUGUGGUCACUUCGCGUGCUUGCAAAGGUUGAUCUUCGUUCAUGGGAGAGAAGCGCACCGGAGGAACGCGUUUUUUCUGCAAUUUAUGGUCUACAAGAACGUGAUUUGCACUGUUCCCUUCGUUAUCAAAUGCAAAAAUGUAGUCUGUGUCUGGGAAACUCCGAGAUUUGUGAUGCAGUUUUUCCAAGCUCCCCCACGUCUGAAAUGCAGGGCCUAGCAUCACAGAUUCUGCAGUUCCUUGGUGAUGCGUAUUCUGCAUGAGAAAUGCCCUCUCAGCAUGGCCAGAAGUGGGCACCUUUUGCACGUUUAUGCAUCACCGAUCUUUGUAGGAUCCGAAACACGCAUCACAAGUUCGGAUCCUUCCAGACCCAGACAUUUUUACAUUUGAUAUUCGUGCUCUUCGGGUUCUUGAGCAACGAGGCGAGCGGGUAUCCGUACGUGUACCCGUUUCUGUAUCAAAGUGAAAACACCCCUCCCCAUACUAAUUCGGAGAUUUGUGUAGCAUGAUUUGGGACCACAAAUCAUUUUGUCAUGCUAGAAGGCAGAAGAUGCGAACUGUAGUGCUGGCUGGCGUGGGAAGGCCUUGCAUCUUCAGCAUGACAGGAGGCAACUGGAAGGGGGGGUCAGCAUGACAAAUUGGCCGCAACUAAGGCCGCAGCUGCGUCUCUUGGCCUCCUGGCAAUACAAACCGACUUGUGUGAUGCAAAUCCAGCAUCACAAAUUUCAUGUCCGAUAUGGGGAGGGGGGGCGUUUCUUCACGAUAUUCUGUAUUCGAUGUUCAACACGGUCUUUACCGGAGUUGGAGUUUUCGCCUUUGCCGUGUUCGACCACGAGGAUUAUGCAGCAGAAGCAGAACAGCAUGACAGAAAGAAUCGGAAAUGCAGAAACAGCAUGACAACUUCCACCCCUGCAACUUUCAUCUCUUGGGACCAGAAACUCAUAUACAACUGCGAUAAAACCUACAACAAAUGUGUUCCAAGUUGCCACGCGAAAAACUACAAGCACACGCGGCGGGAAAGAUAUGCAAGAAAAAAGCUGUGUAAGUGUAAAUCUGUGAUGCAGAAAAUGCAAAACAGUUACACUUGUCAUGCGGGAAGUGCGUCAUAGGCUACUAUCGUACACGUUUCCACGUACUAGCUGCGCAUGACAGGUUUUCCCUGUAAAAUGCAAAACGAAUCUGUGAUGCUGCUCUUCCUACAAAGUUACACUUACACAAUUUUUUUCCUUGAUAGAAGAACCGGUUAUAUCAAUCCGAAACUCCUUUCCACCUGGCUUUUACUAUCAAUUGUAAAAAUGUCUGGGUCUGGAAGAAUCCAACUUGUCAUGCUGAUGUUGGAUUAUAAAAAAAUCUGUAUUGCAUGAGCAGCAAAGGGAGUCCAAGUUUUGCUACACGGAAAGAGCAUUUGUCAUGCGGUAUAGGCAUCAGGAAGCCCUCACAAAAUCUGUGAUGCUAGGGCAUGCAUCACAGACAUCAGGAGUCAUGCAAAAUGUGCAUGACAAACCUGGCAAUCUUCCAGACCCAGACAUUUUUACAUUUGAUAUUUCCUUGGUGUGUUCCAUUCAGUAAUAAUCCACUUUUUGGUUUUCGAGAUUGGUACCGUCGGGACGAGCAAUUUCGUGUUACUGAACAACUGCGGCUUACUAUCCCGUGUAAAAACGUCCCCACCCCAGAGUUUUCAUGCAGAUUUGCAAUGACAAGAACAUUUGUGAUGCGCAGCCCCAUGACAGGAAUUUUUUAUCGUGGUUUGAAAUUUGUAAUGCUCGAAACAGGAUCAUGAUUAGCUGGAUUUGUAGUGCGGCUGUCCUUGCUAAGAACCUGCACUACGCUACGAGCUGCAACUUGUCAUGCGUGACUCCCAAAGCUUCUGGGUUUGUGUUGCAAAUAAAUCCCCAUGUUGGCUGCGGGGCUGGGACGUUUUUACUUGGGAUACUUACUUGCGUUUGGUUUAAUGAUCCUCCUCGCGAACUUCACACUAUCCAAGAAAAAAACACCAUCACAAUCACUUUUGCACAGUUUUGCAAUACAAAAAUUUUUGUCAUGCGCAAAACUGCAUCACAGUCAAGAGUUAUAGGCGAUUUUUAUCGCCUAUAACUCUUGACUGUGAUUUUGCAAUACAAGAAAAAUUUGUUAUGCGAGACAAAUUUCUGAUGCGAAACUUCCCAAGUGUGAUUGUGAUGGUGUUUUUUUCUUGGAUACACACUUCUCUUCUGCCACUACGGAAGCAAGGCGAACAACUGCAGAUACUUGAACGGCUUUGUUCUAUUCGGCUGCCUGUUCGGGUUUUUCCUCUACCUCCCGUUCUACGUUUCGCAUCUAGAAACUGGGGGCGACGAGGUGAAGACGGUGGUUGGUAUUGCAGACGUCUUUGCGGGACGGGCUAUCCUAUGUAAAAACGUCCCCACACCAGAGUCAAGUUGGGAAUCUAGCAACACAAAUCUCCAAGUUUUGGGAGCUGUGCAUGACAAGCUUUCCUCUGCAGUGUGGGGCUUGUUGGCAAGGGUAGCCGCAUGAGAAAGCCACUUUCUGAUCUUGUUUACAGCGUUACAAAUAAUUCCAGAACGCGACUGGUAAUGCCUCCCAUGGAGGUGCGCAUUACAAAUGUUUCUGCAAUUGCAAAUCUGCAUGACAACUAUGGGAUGGAGACGUUUUUACACAGGAUACGGGUUUCUUCUUGGUACGAACUGGUCUACGACCCAUACGGAAUUCUGCCGAUGGCGGGGUCGACAGUAGUUGGAAUUUUCUUACCGUUUAUCUUGGUGUCGGGGCACAGGAUGAUGCGGGUUCCAGAUCUGUAA